GUUGUGUUUGGUUAUUUCUCAAUAUUCAUCAGAUUUUCAAUAAAAAUCCGUAAAAUCUACGGAAAUCCGACAAAUUAUAAAUAAAAUAUAUCUCUAAUCAAUAAUACGUGAAAAAUGGCCAAGUCCAAGAAUCAUACCAAUCACAAUCAAAACAGAAAAGCUCACCGCAAUGGAAUCAAGAAACCCAAACGUUAUAGGCAUGAAUCCACCCUUGGUAUGGAUUUGAAAUUCUUGCGAAAUCAACGAUUUGCAAAAAAACACAAUCUAAAACCAAAAGCACAAUUAAAGAGGGCAACCGAACGUAAAGCUUUACGUGAAUCUAAGAAAUAAUUUCCCUUAUAUAAUUAUGUACUUUAAUAAAAAGAUAAAAAUCUAA